CCAUACCUGCACCACGGGCGCCACCUCAUGACCGGACUGGGCGUCUUCGCCAAGAUGCCGGCGUGGCUCUUCAGCAACAUGAGCAACGCGCAGCUGGCGGCGCUUCAAGAUGCUCCGGUAGCCUCAGCUCCGUCCUCCGCGGACGGCUGGCCUGUCCUGAUCUUCAGCCACGGCCUCGCGAGCUCGCUCGAGCUCUACUCGUACGUGAACCAGCAGCUCGCAAGCCACGGACACGUCGUGGUGGUUCUCAACCACUGCGACGGCUCCGCGUGCGUGUGCAGCCCGGAGGCUGGCCGCAUCGAUUACUACCAGCAGAUCACGCCGGAGGUUCGGGACGACGUCGACGGAGCAGGCUUCCGCUUCCGCAAUGGACAACUGCAGCAGCGUGUGAGCGAAGUGCGCGCAGUUCUGGACGCCAUCAAGCAAGAUGCCGCCGCAUCGGGCAGCGUCUUCGGCCACUGCAACCUCGCCAACGUGAGCGUUGCUGGACACUCGUUCGGUGCGGCGACGGCACUCAGCGCUGCUCACCAAGACGCGCGGUUCAAGAAGAUGGUACUGCUCGACGCCUGGAUGGAGCCCCUGGAUGCAGAUGUGCGCGACGGCCUCGGCUCGCGUGUUCCUGCGCUCCACUUGAUGUCGGAGCACUUCCUCCACUGGCGCCCCAAUGCGGAGAGCACUGAGCGCCAUGCGAGGGGGUGUACGCACGAGCAGUCGCGCCUUACGUGGCUCCGCGGCACUCGGCACAACAACUUCUCGGACAUCCCCGUGUUUUCACCAACGCUCAACCGGCUACUGAAGUCCGCCGGCAAGAUCGACCACUUCCACGCGCUCCGAGCCAUCGGCCAGUUGUCGGCUGCCUUCCUAGCUGGGGAGUUUGAUACCCUGGCUGCAGAGUUCCCUGAAUUGGCUAAGCUU